GACUUCUGUACCUUUGCUUAGGUGUGCUGCCCACCAUUUCGACGAACAGCAGAUCAUGCCUUUACGACUCGCAGACAGUACGGACGCUGCCCAGUCAGCAAUAGAGAAACGCCGAGCUCGAAAUCGCGUGUCGCAGAAAUCAUUCCGGGAGCGUCAGGCUUUGCACAUUCAACAAUUAGAACGCCGGCUGGCCGACACAAGUCGUGAUGAGAGCGUAAGAUUGCGACUCUCUCAAGAGGGAUCCGACAGCCUUCGUAAGGGGCUUCUGGCAGCACGUAAGCGCAUCCGGGGUCUUGCUACCGCUCUCACAAGCGUUGCAGACGACAUUGCCGUAGCUUUGGACUUGGAGGACGGUCCUACUCGGCAGAGCCACAUCGACGAUGCAAGUCCCGCAGAUCUUAUUGACGAAACAAGUGUCGAGAUCGAGGCGCAACCUUCAGCUAUGCCUACGGUCGCAACGCCUGAAAGUCAGUGCCUCCAUAACAUCGAAAUUCAGCAACGCCCUCUCGGCUCAUCAAACGAUUUGCCAGCAUACUCGACUUCUGCAGCAGGUUUCACACAGGAAACAACUAUUGACCCUUACGUGGAACACGGCGGGGUGCUAGAAUUCGCUUGCGAGUCACCCCCAUCAAAGGCGCUAAUAUCCCACAGGCGGCCAAUGGAAGAGGUCAAUGGCCAAUGUAUACCCGAGAGCAGCAACAUGCAGUCAGUUUUAGCCAGUUUGGAUGCGUCCUGGUAUAUGCAGAGCGAUGAAUUCCAGACGAUGCAUCCCCCUAUGGCGCACUCAUACCCCCACGUCGCCCCUCGCGACAGCGAGCCGUCUCCCACGACCUAUGCGCCGCGGAUCACAUUCCCACCAGGCAAUCCCACUUUCCCUUCCACCUUCUCAGCGCAUCUGGCUGCGUGCGAGUUUUUCAUCAAACAGAACAAGAUAUAUAAGCAGCGUCACCAGCCAGACUCCCACGAGGCCUGGCCGAAACUGGUAUCGAAUAUGGUGAACAUGUUCAUCAACACGGCGUGGCCCGAGAUGCGCGUCUGGUGGGCAUACAUGCAAUCCUCGGCUGCAGUCGAAAAGAUUAUGCGUUGGAGACUCGAUCCGUGUAUGGAGAGCUAUGAGGCAAUGAAAGAAUGUCAUCGACCGACAGCCAUACAGUUGACCGUGGUCCACCCGGCAAUCAUCGACUGGCUAUUUUUCCCUUCAGUCAGAGACCGUGUAGUGGAACUCUACUCAUAUAGCUGGAUGCUGGAUCAGCUCAUGUGCGAGCUGUUGGCAGCCUACGUUGUCGAGGCUGACUUAAGCAAAUUGAUCACCGACCUAGGCGAUGCUUCACCCAAAAGAGGGUAUUUUCGAAUCUGGGAUCUCGUCCGGACAAUUGCUCAAGAAGAUGCAGACGACGGGACAACCACCAAUAUGGACCCUGACAUGGUCUGGCGAGAUCUACCUCUUGGGGUGCCUCUGAGUCUGUUCGAGCUUGACGAAGAUGAAUCCGAGGAAGAGUGGACUCCCAUGUCGCUAGCACAAAUCUUUCACUCUCGAAAAGCAGCGAUCAGACUUUUCAAGCUCCUGCAUAUGGAUGACCGGCAGUCAGUCAGGUUGGAUCCCUUAUUUGCUUUCAAGUAUCCUGAACUUUGCGAUGACCCGAGCAUUUUGGCCCAAGGAAUGGACUGCACGCUCAAGGUCAACAGCGUGCCUGUGCCCCUGCCAAAGCCGUUGACAAGAGCCACUAUCAUGAAAUACAAGAUGAUGCUAUGGAAGACUGUCACCUAGAAAGGGGACUUGUUAUAAUCAUACGAAGUUUUAGCUUCUUGAAACCUUCUAUGGUCUGGUCUAGGUUUGAUUUGACCUUUGGUCUUUGGUUUAACUAAUACAUAAGAAACCCAUUCUGCCUC